CUCUCACACAAUCCCAAAAUUUCAAAAGGCAUCUCUACAUAAUAUCUGACAAUACAAUACCCAAAACCAACUCCUUUUCAUUUUUCUUUUCUUUUCUUUUCUUUUCUUCUCUACCAAACAAAACUUAUUAUUACCAUCACCCCAUCUCUAUUUAUUUUAUCAAAUUCAAAAUUAAAAAAAAAAUAGAAAAGAAAAAUGGGCAAGAGUGAGAGAGAGACUGUUCUUUCAUUUGUUCCUACUAGUAAUAGUAGUAGUAGUACUAGAUGUUAUUGUUCUCCAUUAAUUCCAAAUCCAAAUCCAAAUCCAAAAACAAAAACAAAACCAAAAUCCAAUCUUUUAUAUUUUAUUUUCUCAAUCAAACACGACCGAUUUCUCUGACUCAACUCAGUCCGUUACUCGCCACCUGCUUUUGUUUCUAUUUUUCUUUUCUUUUCUUCUUCUUAAGUUUAAGCUUUGAGGUUUAUUUGUUAUUAAUCUCAAAUCUCACCGCACAUCUCAAUCAAUCACGCAAACUCACAAACUCUCCCUUCAAUUUAAUGUUUUUAUUUUUGAUUCUUUGUAGAGAGAGAAAGAGUGUUUUCUUUUUUGGAUAAAAAGUCUUUGUUGUUGAUGUUAGAGAGAGAAAGUCUGGAUUUUUGGAAUUUAUAUUCAAUUUCAUUUCAUUCAUUCGUUCGUCUCUUUAUUACUUUCUUUGCUUUUCUCGUCAAACGCACGAAAAGGGGCAACGACUGCGAACGAACCCUAGUUCUGAAGUGAAGGAGGGAUUGGCGCUUUGUUUUUCAUUUUUGAGAUCAGAUAAGUGAAGGUUUUGAUUUUCCUGAGCAAUUUGCAAUGGAGGUUUCUGGUUCGGAAGGAGGAGAGAAGAAGAAGCCGCCUGAGGGAGGAGAGAACAAGACCAAGCGAAAGAUGAAGACGGCUUCGCAAUUGGAGAUUCUUGAGAAAACUUAUGCAGCUGAGGCGUACCCGUCGGAGUCGCUAAGAGCUGAGCUAUCAGUGAAACUGGGGCUUUCUGAUCGGCAAUUGCAGAUGUGGUUUUGCCAUAGGAGGUUAAAGGACAAGAAGGCUACGCCGGUUAAGCGGCUGGGGGGGCAGGACUCCUCACCUGCUCGCCGUGGUGGGGAGGAAAUGGCGGUGGGUGACUUGGGCAAUGAACAUGCUUCCGGGUCGGGCUCCAGACACAGUCCAUUCCGGCAUGUUGCUGAGCCUCGGCGAGGUGCUCCACGGCAUCGGGUGGGUGGUUCCAGAACUGGAGGCGGUGAAAUGCCGGUGAUGGCAAUGAGGUACUAUGAAUCACAGCAGACUAUUGCCGAGCUUCGAGCUAUUGCUUUUGUUGAGGCGCAGUUGGGGGAGCCACUGAGAGAAGAUGGGCCAAUUCUGGGGAUGGACUUUGAUACAUUGCCACCGGAUGCUUUUGGCGCACCCAUUGCAACGGUUGGGCAGAAGCAAUCUCGUCGUCCUUAUGAUGCUAAAGUAUAUGAACGUUCUGAUGUUAAAUCAAUUAAGGGUACUGGAAGGGCUCUCCUUGAAUACCAGUUCAUUCCAGAGAAGCCAACUGUUAAGACUGAGGCAUAUGAAAGACUUGCCCCAUCUUAUCACUAUGGUUCGCCUGCUGAAGGGCCUAGUACCAGGACUUCAUUGUUAUCUGCUGGGCACCCAUAUGCGCCUAGCAAUGAACACUUAUCUUCUGGAUAUGGAUUUCAAGAUGCUUAUUUUGGUACUCAUCCGAUUAGUCAAUUGGAAAAUCCAUAUAUAGCAUCUGAGAGGAGAGCUACCAUUGAGGAGGAUGCUUUACGAAAUGACAGGAGGCGCAAGAGUGAAGAGGCAAGAGUAGCCAGGGAGGUUGAAGCUCAUGAGAGAAGGAUAAGAAAAGAACUCGAGAAACAAGAUAUUUUGAGGCGGAAGAGAGAGGAGCAAACAAGGAAAGAAUUGGAGAGACAAGACCGUGAGAGGCGAAAGGAAGAGGAAAGACUAUUGCGUGAGAAGCAGCGAGAGGAGGAGAGAUACCAGAGGGAGCAAAGGCGUGAACUGGAGCGGAGAGAGAAAUUCUUGCAAAAGGAGUCCUUAAGAGCAGAGAAAAUGAAGCAAAGAGAGGAAUUACGCAGAGAAAGGGAAGCAGCAAGGCUCAAAGCUGCCAAUGAGAGAGCAAUGGCUCGCAAAAUUGCUAAAGAAUCAAUGGAACUCAUUGACGAUGAACGUUUGGAACUCAUGGAGUUAGCUGCAUCAUGCAAGGGGCUGCCCUCAAUAGUUUCCCUUGAUUAUGAAACUUUACAGAAUCUUGAGUUAUAUAAAGACAUGAGAAUUGCUUUUCCGCCGAAGUCUGUGCAUUUGAAAAAGCCUUUUGCAGUCCAACCCUGGACAGAUUCUGAGGACAACAUUGGAAAUCUUCUAAUGGUGUGGAGGUUUUUGAUUACGUUUGCAGAUGUUCUUGGACUUUGGCCUUUUACUCUGGAUGAAUUUGUUCAAGCUUUUCAUGAUUAUGAUCCAAGGUUGUUGAGUGAGAUACACGUUUCUCUUCUGAAAUCUAUUAUUAAAGAUAUUGAAGAUGUAGCGAGAACACCAUCUAUGGGGCUGGGAGCAAAUCAAACGACUGCUGCCCACCCAGUAGGUGGUCAUCCACUAAUUGUAGAAGGGGCAUAUGCUUGGGGUUUUGAUAUUCGAAGCUGGCAAAACCACUUAAAUCCAUUGACAUGGCCUGAAAUAUUACGACAAUUUGCUUUAUCUGCGGGAUUUGGACCACAACUGAAGAAGAGGAAUGCCGAAUCAUCAUAUCAUCGUGACAACUAUGAAGGUAAUGAUGGUGCAGAUAUAGUCUCCAAUUUGCGAAGUGGAGCAGCUGUUGAAAAUGCUUUUGCUAAAAUGCAAGAGAGGGGAUUUUCUAAUCCACGUAAAUCUAGGCAUCGGUUGACUCCUGGAACUGUUAAAUUUGCUGCAUUUCAUGUUCUCUCUCUUGAGGGGGACAAGGGUCUUACUAUAUUAGAAGUUGCAGACAGGAUUCAGAAAUCUGGACUUCGGGACCUUACAACUAGCAAGACACCAGAAGCCUCUAUAGCUGCUGCUUUAUCUAGGGAUACAAAGCUUUUUGAGAGGACUGCUCCUUCAACAUAUUGUGUGCGUGCUGCCUACAGGAAGGACCCAGCUGAUGCUGAGGCAAUACUUUCCUCAGCCAGGGAAAGAAUACGUGUCUUUAAGAAUGGGUUUUUGGAUGGAGAAGAUGCUGAUGAAGGUGAAAGAGACGAAGAUUCUGAAAGUGAUGGAGGAGAGGACCCUGAAAUUGAUGAUUUAGGUACUGAAAUAAAUCCUGAAAAAGAGGCACUAGUAUCUCAAGAAGUAAACAAAUUAAAUGAAGUAUCUGUUUCUGGUAAUGGAGAAGAAAUUGUUCAAGUAAUUGAAACUCCAAAAAAAGAUCUCCAGAAUUCUUGUGGAGAUUCUGUACACUCUGAAAGUUGUGUAAAGAUGGAAGAUGGUGCUUCUUUCUUGACCCAACCUGUUAAUGUUGUUGCAAGCAACAAUGAUGUACCUAAUUUUGGUGGCGAAGAUCCAGAUAUUGAUGAAAGCAAUCCCGGUGAGCCGUGGGUUCAAGGACUUGUGGAAGGAGAAUACUCUGAUCUGAGUGUUGAGGAGCGCCUUAAUGCCCUUGUUGCACUAGUCGGUGUGGCAAUUGAAGGAAACUCAGUUCGUCUUGUUCUUGAGGAGCGAUUAGAAGCAGCAAAUGCUUUAAAGAAGCAAAUGUGGGCAGAGGUUCAAUUAGAUAAACGUCGUAUAAAAGAAGAUUAUGUGUUGAGAAUGCCUUACACAUCAUUUAUCGGUAACAAGUUUGAGCUCAAUUCUGCAAUUUCUUCAGCAGAGGCAAAGCAAAGUCCUUUGGUCAAUGUUGAUGACAAAAACAAUGAAACAACAGGAGUUCUUUCAGUUCGGGGGGAGCAGAUGGGUGAUCCAUCGAAUAACAAUCCUUGUGUCAGCGGUUUUCUUUCUGAAGGAAACUUGCAAAUGCAAGAGGUCUGUGCUGGUCCUGAUAAUAACCUUUUUCAGCAACCAGGAUAUGCUGCUGACAGGUCUCGAUCGCAAUUAAAAUCUUAUAUUGGGCACAAGGCAGAAGAGAUGUACGUGUAUAGAUCAUUGCCACUUGGUCAGGAUCGUACACGUAAUCGGUACUGGCAGUUCAUUACAUCUGCUUCUCAAAAUGAUCCUGGCUGUAGCAGGAUAUUUGUCGAGUUGCAUGAUGGGCGUUGGAGGCUUAUUGAUUCUGAAGAGGGUUUUGAUGCUCUGCUGGCAUCAUUGGAUGUACGUGGGGUUAGGGAAUCCCAAUUGCACGCGAUGUUGCUGAGGAUUGAGCUCUUUUUCAAGAAAGCUGUUAGGAAGAAGAUGCUGCAUGCUAACAUGGGGAGGCAAAGUGAAGACACUGCGAAAACAGCAGCUGUUCCCUCUGAUUGCAGUAAUGGUUUUGAUAGCCCUAGCAGUACUCUGUGUCUUGCUGAGUCUGAUUUGUCGGAGAGUUCUACUUCUUUUGUGAUUGAGCUUGGGAGGAACAAAAAUGAGAAAAAUGGUGCAUUUCAGAGAUAUCAAGAUCUAGAGAGGUGGAUUUGGAAAGAAUGCUUAAGUUCUUCAGCGUUAUAUGCUAUCAAGCAUGGGAAGAAAAGGUGCAAGCAACUUCUGGAUGUAUGCGAUGCUUGUCAUGGGGUCUAUUCUUCGGAAAAUAAUCAUUGUCCUUCUUGCCAUAGAACCUUUAUUUCCUCGGAAAGCGGUACAAGUUUUUCGGAGCACGUCACUCGAUGCGAAGAUAAACUUAACCUGGACCAAUACUGUACUUUGAAUGGUUCCCCUUCUUUUCCCCUGAGGAUCAGGUUGCUGAAAGUAGUGUUAGCCUUAAUAGAGGUCUCUGUACCUCCAGAAGCCCUUCAAUCUCUAUGGACUGAUAGCCAUCGAAAAUCAUGGAGUACCAAAUUAAAUGCGUCUUCCUCGGCUGAAGACCUUCUCCAGGUUCACACAUUGUUGGAAAGUGCCAUUAAGAGGGAGCAUCUGUUCUCAGAGUUUGAGACCACAUAUGAACUUUUGGAUUCCUUGAAUCCAAGAAGAUGCGUUGCUCCUAAUUCUACCUGUUUUGAAACAAUUACAGUGCUUCCGUGGGUACCCCUAACAACAGCUGCUGUGGCUUUGAGAAUCAUGGAGUUCGAUGCAGCCAUUUUUUACAUAAUGCAACAGAAACUGGAUUCUCAAAAGGACAGGGGAUCUGGAAAUGUUAUUCUGUCUGCAAAAUAUGCAUUUAUGCAAAAUCCCCUUGAUGAUGGGAUAACCAGAACUCCAUGUCAAGCUGAUAAUCUCAAGAAAGAUAGCUGGGUUGAUCUUGGGGUAGGACUGGAAAACUCUGGUCACAAAAAAGGCAGCCGUGGAAAUGGAAGUGGAAAUGGGAGAGGCCGUGGCCGUAGUCAUGUGACUACGACUCGUACUCGUGGAGGUCGAUCACAGAAAAGAGCUACUGGUUCUAGAGGUGAAUCUGCGAAGAGAAAUGAUAGGGCAUUGGGACAAGAACUCAAACUCAGAUGGAAAGGUAGUCAACGUGGACGAGGAUGUAAACGUGGUCGGCGCACUGUUAGAAGCAGGCAAAAGCCAGCAAAAAGGAUGUUUGGUACUGGUGCGGGGGAAAAUAUCCCAGAAGAGAGCAUUGAUGAGAAGUUCCCAAGAAGCCUGGUCCAAGAUUGGAAUACAGAAGACACAACUGGUUUGCAAUUGGAAGAUGCCGAACCAGCUAGCAGCAGUUCUGAAAGAUCAGAGUACGAGGAGGGAAAUGGCCAAGGAUCAGGAGAUGAAUUUGAUGAAAUGGGAAUGGAUGACUAUGCCACUGGCUUCAAUGACAGGGCUGGUGACUUGGACGGUAGUGAUUAUAAUGGUGAUGAGGUUGACGAGGACGAGGACGACAACGAUGAGGAUGACGAUCAAGAUGAGUACGAUGUCAGACAAGAUGAACAAGGGGAUUUUAAUGUUGACAGAUUCAUAAAUGGCGAUUCAGAUGAAGAGGAAAACAGGGAGGAAGGCGGGCAAGACAUGGAAAUCGAUCAACAAACGGGAUCCACGUCGUCAGAUUACAGUGACUAGAAACAGACAAAAAUUGCAAACAGUGUUGUACAUUUUGACGUACGGGGGUGUCCCCUCCUAAAUCAUGUUGCAAUUUUUAUAUAUAUGCGGGAUAACCCCGUGGCAGAUAAUGUAAUUUAUAAGCAAAUCUGUCUUUUGGUACGAAUGAAAUAGCUAUGCAAAGCCCAGCCAAAGGAAAAGCAAAAUGGCAACGCAAUGCAUUUUUUUA